AUGAAACUGCCUACUCAUCACGGCAUUCUCUCCUUAGACGUGAUUCUUACAUGUCUUGGCUCCAAAUGGGAACUCCACCAGCCCCAGCUUUUCCAGUCCAAGACCUUGGCCAAGCUCUACCUGCUGGCACUGGCCCAGGGCACCACAAGCCCCACAAAGGAACUGGAGAGGCUUCUGCGAGCUCAGUUGCGUGGGAAUGUCAAGGAAAGACCCCCCAUAAAGAAGAUGAUCAUUUCCUUGAAGAUCAAUGACCCCCUGGUCACUAAAGUUGCCUUCGCCACGGCCCUGAAGAGCCUCUACCUGAGCGAGGUGGAGGUAGACAUGGAUGACGUGCUGGGCUUGUUGGCUUCCGCACACAUCCUCCAGUUCAACAGCCUGUUUCAAAGGUGUGUGGUCAUGAUGAUGAACGGACUCAUGCCAAGCACCAUCAAGAACUUCUACCUGGCCGGCUGUAAGUACAAGGAAGAGCCGCUCACCACUGCCUGCGAGAAGUGGCUGGAAAUGAACUUGGUCCCUCUGGUGGGGACACAGAUCCACCUCCGGAAAAUCCCACAGGAGCUGCUCCACAAAGUGCUGCGGUCCCCCAGGUUGUUCACUUUUAACGAGUUUCAUCUUCUGAAAACGCUACUUUUGUGGGUCUUCUUGCAACUGAACCACAAAGUCCAGACGGUUCCGGUGCAUGAAACUGUGCUGGCAUUUUUUAACAGCUUCCCCAAGAAGUAUUCCUUUCUGGAUCAGGACACAGGACAGAGCUUGGUGCCGCUCUUCCUUUGCCUGCGUCUGCACGGCAUCAUUAGAGGCAAAAAUCUGGAGGAGUUAAGGCACAUUAAUUUCUUCCCAGAGUCCUGGCUGAUCCGGGUUACAGCCAACCAUUACCACGCACUGGAGAGUGGGGGCGACAUGGUCCAUGUGAAAGAUUUUACCACCCAAGCUAUGAGAUUCGGACUGCUCUUUAACCAGGAGUAUACAACGCAUUCAGAAAUGAUUGCCAUAUAUGGAUUCUUCUUUGAGAUAAAGGGGAUCAAACAUGAUACUACCUCUUAUAGUUUUUACAUGCAGAGAGUAAGGCACACUGACUCGGCGUUCCCGUCCUUGCUCUGUGAACAUGGCCCCGUUAGCCUGAGAGCGGAGCGCUUGGUGAGGUACGAGAUCAGAGCCCAGACCCUGGUGGACGGCAAGUGGCAGGAGUUCAGGACCAACCAGAUCACCCAGAAGUUUGGGUUCGUCAAGCCAUCCUGCAAAAGCCAUGCCUUGAAAGUCCAAACUGUGGGCAUCCCAAUCUAUGCAAGUUUUUCAUUCAUCUUCCCAAUAUCUUGACAGUUUCCAGAAGAAUCUACGGGAUUUCUUUUCUUCCACCAGUCUGCAUAAAAGAAAAUAAAAUGACAUUGAAGGGACCGCUCAAGCAUUCAGCUGACUUUCCUAGUUGGCCAUG